AUGGGCGAUGUAAAACUAGAUCAGAAAGUGUUAGACAGAUUCGAGGCCGAGUUUUGUCCUCCUAUCGAUACAUCUUUGCUACGAUCCAUUUUGUCGGACUUCGACAAUGAGACCGUCGACCACGCGAGACCAACGCUGGACUUGCUCAAGCAGUCUGCCCUCGCCGAGGACUCGCUGGCAUUCGACGCCUCUGGCACGGGAGGACAACCGAUCGAUCAGGACUACUCAUCCCGGAGCGCAGACUCGCAAAUCGAAGCAAUUGCAGGGCUUUCGAUAGGGACCGAUAGCCAAUCACUAGAGUCCGCGACUACUGCGAGCAGAGGCCAGACGACCUCUGAGAAUGGCGGAGUCGCAGAUCACGCAGGCUUCGAACACCUCGAUGAGCUAGACGACGAGACAAAGCUACAGGUCCUGAUGAGUCUCUUCGGGGAGCAACUUCCACAGCACAUCGUUCGGCACACGUUACAGUCAUGCAAUGGGCGAUUCAAUGCGGCCAUGGACGGACUCCUUAAUCAGGUUUACUUUCACGAGGCUGAGAACAGCGAUGAUGGAUCGAAAUUGGCUCACAAGGGCAUCGACGCUUUCUCCGAAGACAACGUUGGCCGGCGUCAACGGAAAGGCAAAGCAAAAGGCAGGAAUCGCAAGGACCCUCUCAGAGCAACAAACCUCGCCGCGGACCCUGAUCUCUCAAACGGUACCUCGAACUUGAAUCGUUGGCAAAAGACGACCGAGGACAUCGAGUUCAUCGCCACUCGCAGCGGUCUGUCCAACACGACCAUCUCGUCACUCUACCAUAAGAAUGGAGGCUCAAUCUCGACGACCAUCGUUGCUGUUCUGGAGUUACCCGCAGAUAAGCCGAAGCUCGGCGCGGGAGACGACAUAAUCCAAUAUCAUGUGCGUGAGCUACAAGACGAAUUUCCAACAAUUUCGUCACGGCAGGCGACGGCGCUGGUUCAAUUGACGCACCCAUCGACCGCUUCAGCGCAUGAACUCGCAAAAGCCAUGACUCGCAGUCCUGCGAAGUCUCCCGGCGGUGGCAUACAGAUCAUAAUUCCGAGAUAUGGUCCUCCUCCGGACGCGCUCGAGCUGGAGUCUCCUCGAGGCGUACGUAACGGACACGUCAAAUCAUCAUCUCUUGACAUGUCCGAUGCAGUUGCACGUGCCAACGAAUAUACUGCGCGUAGCGGCAUCGCAUUCUCGCAGGCAAGCGGCGCGCAUCGGUUGUCCAAAUCCAACCACCUCAUGGGCGGCGCGGCGGCGUAUUAUGCCGACGUGCGCCGGGAGUAUAGCGCACUAGCAUACAAAGCGCUGGCCGAUGUCGCCGACGGGACCGCCGAAGCACAGUCUUGCGCGUCGCAGCUUGACUUGCACAACAUUGACGUCGCCAACGCCGUUCGCAUUGCAAGGACGAGGGUAGGUCAAUGGUGGAGCAAUCUGGGCGAGAGUCGGGUAAACGGCCGCAUCGGCGCUGAGACCCGUCAAGCAGGGUUCAGCAUCGUCGUCGGUCGCGGAAUUCACAGUCAAGGUGGUAAGGCACGGAUUGGACCCGCGGUGGCUAAGAUGCUCAAGGACGAAGGAUGGAAAUUUGAGCGCCAAGAAGCAGUCAUCUUGGUGAAAGGCCGGAUUUCACGGUGA